CCUCAGCAUGGCAGACUUGGGUGCAACAAGUCUCCUCACCGAGCUGCUCCAAGGCAGGGACCUGGCCAGGCAUCUUCAAAUGUGUCUCCACGAGCCUUCCACCUCCCCAGAAACCCGCGACACGUUGAUCCGCCACAUCAUUGCCGCAUUCGACAAGGCUCUCGCUUUCCUCAACUCCGGCGCCUCUCCGCCUUUCAGCCCUCCCUGUGACGAUCUCCACCUCCAACACCAGCACGCCUCCCCUACCAAGUGGACCAAACAUAUUAAAAUUAGCCCCGGCAUGGCCGUUGAGUCUCUUCUCGACGAUGGAUUUAGCUGGAGGAAAUAUGGCCAGAAAGACAUUCUCGGAGCCAAAUUCCCGAGAGGAUACUACAGAUGCACCCACAGACAUGCCCAAGGUUGUUUGGCCACCAAGCAAGUGCAGCGUUCCGACCAAGACCCCGCCACCAUGGAAGUGAAUUACAGGGGAACCCACACCUGCAAGCUCGCCUCCGCAGCCACUCCUCCGUCCCCAGAACAACUCGUGAACCUGCGUGCUGGCCUCAAGGUGCUCACUGAUAAUUUAAAUGCCUCUGACCAAACCUCUUUUGCUUCGUUCCCGUUGCCUUCCACUUCCGGCACGAAACCCGACAACCCCCCGUCCGUGUGUCCCGCUAUCGAAAACAACGCUGUUGAAACCUUCAGUUCUCCUCCCUACAUGUCCCCUGCCACGUCUGCAACGGCCCAUUUUUCGGUGUCCCCGACAGGGCUUCAUGGCUUUGGAGGGCGCCUGAGUUUGCCUGCUUCUGCCCCUGACCUUAAGGACGCCGUCUUUCCUUCAAGCGCUCCCACCGUUGCUUCCGAGCUUCCAUUUGACCCCUUCGAAUUUGAAGGCCAUGACUUCACUUUUCAUGACCCACGAUACUUCUAAUUAUGCACAGUUUUGUUUCAUAUGUACGUACGUAUGCAUGCGUUUACGAAUGCAUCUGUAUUUGUGUGUAUACUUUUAGCAAAAGAAACUUGGUGGCUGAGAGACAGUGUUCUGCUUCCUUAUUAAAGACAGGUCAAAUUAUAUGAGUGGCUUUUUUUCCCACCUUGAAGGACCACUCCCCCCAUGUGAUUUUUGAGGUCUGGAAGAACAGUGCCGAGGUGUGACUACGGAAGAUGCUGUGGGAGUAAUUAUCGUUCUAUACUAAGUCACAAUUCUACGCCAACUUAUUUGAAAAGAAGAGUCAAAUUAUAAAUAAAUCACGUCAACUAUCAUUCAUUUGCUGACUUAGCCCGCAUGUGGAAAACACCACCAUGGCACCAUCUAAAAAAUGGAUCUUGAAGUUUGGUUCGCGAAUUUCUUUUGACCACUAAAGAGGGUUGACCACCAUGGCAACAUUUGACAACGUCACAGGAAACCAGGGAGAAACACACGCGCGAACACGUGUUUCAUACCCAAAAGAACCUUCUCAUGGGCUUCCUGCCACGUUCACAACCACGCAAGGCCCAUGUCUAAGAAAACCCAAGAGUAGCCAGCUUAUAGAUUCAGCCAAACCCAAGAUUCCAAUAAAAGGAUAUCCAUACGAAAGAAAAAAAAAAAAAGGAGAAGAAAAAGAAAAAUAAAGAAAGAAAGAAAAAAAUAAUUACAGUUACAAGUUUAUUUUUAAAGCUAUCAUGGACAUCAACUUACAAAUCCUUUUGCUCGUUGUAGUCAGGUAUUAAUGGUAUAUUGAGCAGCUAA